AUGGUGCAGAACCCCUCGAGCCAGAGCUCGCAGGAGGAGCAGCUUCAGUGGAUGGUGAGGACCCGGGACAGCAGCGACCUAGUCGUGGAGGAAAGUUCAGGAGGUGCCGCCUGGCUGGAUGCCUCUGCCAGCGACAGUCCUGGUAAGAUGUGGGGCCUUUCCACGUCUGCGCUGGAUGCUCCGACUCUCCGAUGGGGAGAGCUGCUGCCUUUCUACAUCACGCUGAAUACGGCUUAUGUUACGGUUCUUCCCAUUCAGGUGCCGUUUGACUUGUCCACGCCGAUGCGGUUUACCGCUCCGCUUGGCUGGAUCUGGGAACCUGCCGUGGUGGCGAGCGGCUUCUGGCAGGACGCUGCCUUUGGCUCCACAGCAGCUUUGCCUGGGAACGCAGUGCCUACGGUCUCCGACGACAUUUUCCUUUCAUGGACAACGCCUAUGGCCUUCGUGAGUGGCGAGAUUUACGGCUUUCGAGUCCCUGUCCGAGUGCCCAGAUGGCCUUCAACAGGAGCUGAUUUCCUCCUUGAGCUCGGCAACUGGAGUGGGACUGCUGAUGCCGGGCAGCGGCCGCUGGCAGUUUUGCUCCCGGGACCUUCGCUAAGCGCAGUGCGAGGGGCAUGGGUUGACUAUGUCACAGGACGAGUUGGAGAACAACAUGGAGUGCGGGUACAGCUCACAACGACGACGCCAAUUUUUGCCGGAGGCGGUUUCAUCUUCGAGGGCGGUGUUGCGACGAGGCGGUUGCGUUGCAGCUGCCCUGGCACAACAGAUGGCUACACCUGCGCCGUGCAGAGCCUGUUCUCGGGCGAAAUCCUGCUUAGAAUUGUGUCCACGAGGGCGCUCCUCGCUGGGACCUACUCCUUCCCCUUCCUCUGCACGAACCCACCCAACGCUGUACCUGCAGGCUCUUGGAGGUUCGCCACGUAUCAAGACCCGGAAAACUAUCCGGAUGCCACUGAGGUGGACACUCCAUCCACAGUGCCAGGAUUUGCCGUUCAGGAGGCCUUGCAGCAUUUCGAGCGGCUUCCAGCCGCGAUCACUUGGUCCUUCGAUCCACGUCCCCUCAGGGACAGCUCUACCAUCCUGGCCUUUACUCUACCCGGGAACGGUGUGCUUCCCAGUAGUGCGCGGCUGCGCGGCCCGGAGGCCCGGCUUGCCGUGCAGAAAUCCCGUGCCAGCCCCCGCAAAUUUCCUGUUCGUGCAGGAGUAGUUGGGAAGGCCUGGCAAUGGGCAGGGGAUGAAGCUGACAUUCGGCUUUCACUGGGAUUUACAGGUUCGCCCGUGUCGAGGAGCACGCUUUGGGACUGGAACAAAAUAUGUGCUUACCAUACCAACAGAGUUGUGCGAAUCCAGGAUGCAAAUCUUGGGUACCUCUAUUGGGGCAUAGUCACCUUAGUUGUUCUGUACAUUCAAAUCGUUGUUUUUCACAUCGAGGGCAGACACACCUUCCAGGAACCGGGCUAUGGUGCCGUCAUCACUAAGUUUGAAGCCAAGAGCUUCAAUCAAGAUGGCAAGGCUUUUGAUGAAGUCGACCUGCGACAUCCAGUCAUUGAGCCUUCGGGCGCCUUCAUCAUGACCCGCAGAAUUACGAUGAAGGGGCAAGCGAUGGGCACCUGCAUCGACUCGGACAGCCCGCAGAAGUGUCCGUGUGGAGACCAUGCCACUUGUGGCGGCGACGGCUACUGCCAGGUGAAAACCUGGUGCCCCAGCUUGGGAGAUCACAACGUGGCGAACCCUCCUCCAGGGGCUGUUGUCGAGGACAUUUUCGGUCUGGAGGAAGCGUUGCUGAUGAUCGUGGCCGGCAUCGGCUUCCCCAGCAUAGGUGCCAAGUUUCACGUGGCUGGCUCUUCCCCAGACUCCAGCGACCUUCACAAGCGCAUCACGCUCCUCCAACUUCUCGAGCUUGCAGACCCGCCGCUGAAGUUGGAGGAUGUUUCCAAGUCUGGGUGCGUCAUUGCAGUGAACUUCUUCUGGAGCUGCGAUUUCAGCUGGAGCAACAGCUGCGAGCCUAAGAUGAGCGUCAAGCGCGUCGAUGAUGGCACUGGCUUCGUCCAGAAGCGCAGCAAGAAGCAGACUGUGAACGGUGUCGAGACAAGGGAUGCCCAAUACAUGUACGGCUUGCGCCUUAUCGUGGACUCGUCUGGGAUUGGUCGCCAGAUCAGCCUGGUCCCUAUCGUCAUCCAGCUGGGUUCCUGCCUGGCCCUGGUGCAGAUCGCGUCAAUGGCAGCAGAUUUCCUCAUGGUGCGGAUGUACGACAAGGAUCGCUGCGAGGCCUACUACCGCUGCAAGGUGGUGGAGACCAAGGAUUACUCAGAGAUGCAGGAGCCGGGCAGCUCUCAAGGGGUCCAGGGAUCAGGAGCGGCUGCAUCUGGUUGGCGACCAGCGCAGUCGCGUGCGCCUGCCAUUGCCAUCGUGCGUGAUGCCCCUGUUGUGCUUCCUGCGUUUCAUGUCAGGCAGGCAUCAUCAGAAGUGGUGGUGCAGGAGCUGGCGUGUCGCUGGGUCUCGGUGCAGGUGGACGAGGCAGCAUGUCCACAGUUCGCGGGCGAAAUGUGCCACGAGGAUGAAUGCCAGCGAUCUAGGCGGCAGAUGAGCGCCAAGGCGCCGCUCCCCCGGAACCAGACAUACGCCUUGCGGGUGGAGGCCACGAACCCCUUGGUCAGUCCAGACUUCAACGUCUGGACGCUGGAGGUCGACGGCCUUUCGUCUGCUCAGGUGGCAGCCAGCCCUGUGCAGACAUUCAGCGAUGUACAAGUUGUUUUGGCUUCUCCUUCCACUCGUUUGGGGGGAACCGUCGGAAGCACUUUGAGCAACGGUAUUCGCAUCAUUUUCCGACCUUCCGUAACGGCUGAGUCAUUUCGAAUUACGGCACCGAUGCCGUACAACUUCGGGUUCAGCAUGCAGUGUGGUGGGAUACGCUUCAUAGGGCAAGACCCGGCAAGAUCGGACCCGACCUUCACCCAAGCUCUGUCACGAUGCGCAGCGUCCAGCAAUACGCUGGAGAUCACUUUCCAGGUGCCCGAUGGCAUGCUCGCUGGAGCUCUGUACACAGUGGAAGCCGAUGUCCUGACACCACAGCAGCUUCCUUCCACACCAAUGCAGUUCCAGCUUUCGUCCACACUGAUUGGUGGAGGAGUCGGCGAUGAUGUUUUUGUUGAUGAGCCAAGCCUCGCGAGAGGGUUGCUGUAUUUUGAGGUUAUCUCCGUGAGCACGGAGCCACCGAGGUCCGGACUGACAGCAGAGGUCCAGAUCAAGGUCUCGUUCAGCACGCUGGCCCGGGCCGGCGAUCUCAUAAGGCUCAUACUGCCUCCCCGGUUCCUUUUCGCCAUCAACGAAACCAGUAGCUGCCCGGUCACAGUGACAAGCCCGACGGUUGCGCCGAGUCCACAGUGCUCCUGCCAAGGUGUCCUAUCCUGCAUGGUCACCCUCCAGGUUCUGGAAGCCACAACCACGCAAAUUCCGCCAAAUGCAACGCUGGUCUCCAACACAAGCACGACGACAACCACCACGUGGGCACCGACCUCAACGCGAAACGAGUUGUGUAAGUUGUGUAUUUGCACUGGUGUCGCCUGA